GCUGGUUGGCUCGCACAGACCCUCAGGACGUGGCUCGCGUCGAGAGCAGGACGGUUCUGGUGACCCCGGAGCAGAGGGACGCCGUCCCCCCCCCCCCCCAUCCGGGGGUCCCCCCCAAUUGGGGAACUGGAUGAGCCCCAGCUCCUUCCAGGCCGCCGUGCAGGAACGUUUCCCCGGCUGCAUGGCAGGCCGCCCCCUUUACGUCAUCCCCUUCAGCAUGGGUCCCCCCACGUCCCCCCUGGCCAAACUGGGGGUCCAGCUGACCGACUCCCCCUACGUGGUUCUGUCCAUGCGCAUCAUGACCCGCGUGGGCCCCGCCGUCCUGCAGCGCCUCGACGACGACUUCGUCCGCUGCCUUCAUUCCGUGGGGCGGCCUCUGCCCCUCACCGAGCCCUUGGUGAGCUGCUGGCCGUGCGACCCCCGCCGCGUGCUGGUGGCCCACGUGCCGUCGGAGCGUCGCAUCGUCUCCUUCGGCUCGGGAUACGGCGGCAAUUCGCUGCUGGGCAAGAAGUGCUUCGCGCUGCGCAUCGCCUCCCGCAUGGCCCAGCAGCAGGGCUGGCUGGCGGAGCACAUGCUGAUCCUGGCUGUGACCUCCCCCACCGGUGAGAAACGUUACAUGGCGGCAGCGUUUCCCAGCGCCUGUGGGAAAACCAACCUGGCCAUGAUGACCCCCAGGCUGCCGGGAUGGAAAAUCCACUGCGUGGGAGACGACAUCGCAUGGAUGAAGUUUGAUGAUGAUGGCCGCCUGCGUGCCAUCAAUCCCGAGCGGGGCUUUUUUGGGGUGGCCCCGGGGACGUCGUCCCGCACCAACCCCAACGCCAUGGCCACCAUCACCCGCAACACCAUCUUCACCAACGUGGGGCAGCGCAGCGAUGGCGGCGUCUUUUGGGAAGGCCUGGAUGAAGCCACGGAGCCCGGGGUCACCUACACCUCUUGGCUGGGGAAACCGUGGAAGCCCGGUA